AGCCAGCGCUAGCCGAGCGCGACUUGCAACGGGGAGCACUCUCGAGCUCUUAGUCUUAGACGGUGCAAAAUUUCGGAGGCCGUGCCCGUGCUGGCCUCUAAAUACCUGAACAUGAUUGUUAUGCCAUACUUCUCGUUGGGAAACAGUCCUAAGAACGCAACCCGCCUCUUUCUUCCGUAAUUUCUCCGAUGAUUUACUUCAGUAGCUCGGUAUUUACAAAUAACAAUCCAGGAUUUGACAAAGACAAAGUUGAACUUGUUUACAUGUGUGGAAGGACGCCAACUAGCGUUGGAUGCACUUGGAGAGGCCAUCAUGGAUAUGCAGAAGUGGUAUCUACAAUUUAUAUUGCUAUUGAUCUUGAUCUUCAAUGGAGUAGUAUGUCCAAAUGGUGAACUAAUGUGUCAAUAUCAAGGCAAUGAUGGUAUGAGAGGAUUUUUAGUGAAUAUGGCCGAAGAUGAUCAGCUAGACGUGUACUCUGAUGAAGUCGCACCACGUGUUCAAAUUGAUGCUCGUGCGAACGUAUCAUGCGGUACUCAACAUAAAGGGAAAUUCUCCUUUGAGCUUGUCGGUCAAAAGGAAUGGCAAAUUCUUCUUCGUUUAUCUCCGACAGACGUCAGUGAUGACGUCAUCGUCGAAGCCUCCAAUGGGCAUGAUGUUCAUAGUAUCUCGAGAGAAAACCACCAAUCCGGUUAUCCGAUGUAUCUGCUCUCAGAGACCAAUCUGAAGAUUUUUUCUGAUUUUAAAAGUCGAGGAGAUUCAAACAGGGGGUUUAUGCUCAAUGUCCGGGCAGUCAAAGUAGUUGAACAACAUUAUCUACAACAUUCGACGUCCUGUUACAACCAGGAAAGGGAUGGCCAAUCUGGUGCUUGGAUAUAUCGAGUCACCUGUGAUGAUAUCCAUCCCACUUACGACAGUGUGCUCAUAUCAUAUCGGCAAGGCCCAGGGAUGUCAGACACUGGAUACAAAACAGUUAUGUGCGAGAAAUUUCAUGAUGAUCUUCCCGGCACCUCCGUCAUGCCGUGGAUUGACACCUGGCCGAAUUUAUCAUGCUUUCGUAAUUCAAAUAAAUUAGUGAUGGUCGUUGUCUCAGCACAAAAGCAGAUGGUAUCCGACGUCAUAAUAGAAAUGAUCAUCUAUCGCGGUUCCGGUGAAAAUAGUGAAAGGAGAGCUACACUGAUCAUUGUACAAAUUGUCGUUGUCAUCGCAGCUGUCUUGAUACUUGUGGCAUUCACGGUAUAAACGAAG